AUGUCCACCGCCAUGGAUCUGUCUCGGCUUACCCGCCCCGCAAUCCUCUGCCAGUGCUCGCGAUGCUCGAGUUCGCUGGCUGCGCUGGAGAACGAGUGGGCUAAACUUUCGAAUUCUUACUCCAUAGUGGCUGGAUGGCUGAGCGUUGAGCUGCAUCGCAUUUCCAUCUCCUCAGAGAAGAAGCAGAUCCCGCAAUCAUCAGAGCUGAGUACCCUACGAGGCCGGAUCCUCCAGGAAAUCUCCUGUAAGCUCUGUCAACAGAAGUUGGGCGUGCUCUGCUCUCUAGACAAUGGCCCCAAUAUCUUCUGGAAGCUAUCGAAGGUGUCGUUCCGGGAAAUUGUUACCAUGCGCACAGUAGAGCCCGUAUUCAAGGAUGGAUCGCUCGAACGCAUCCUCUGUCCGACUCCUCCCUCCCGACAAGACCGAACCCCAGUCCAUGCCGGGGCCCUGGUACCCACUACAUCGACGGAGCUAGACCCCUACAACAUGUCUAUGGAACAACAGAUCCAGCACCAAGGGCUGAGCCUCGAUCACAUCACAAGUUCUGUCAGCAACCUUCACGAUACCAUGUCCGAGUUGAAGAACGCAUUCACCGCGCUGCGCAUCGAAUUGAACGGCCCAGGUCGAUUCACAUCUGAUAUGGGCACCCCCGCCAGCAAGGACAUGAUGAUUGCAACAGUGUUGAAGGAACUCAGAUCCAAAGCCGAUGAGAUCGAACGACUGAAGCUCGAAAACGAAGCACUCAAGUUGAAGAAUCGCUACGCGGAAGAACAAACCUUAAAACAAGUACAACCGCCGCCACCGCCACCGUUAUACGCCGACACAACAGUCCUUGCAGAAGUCCGAAGUCCAGGCCUAUUACAGGGGAGUCGGAAGCGGCCCUGGCCAGAUUCAUUUCCGAGCGGACGCACCCACCCAAUAAGAGAUUCGUUCGACGACGACUCUUCAGACAGCAUCGCAGACUUCUCGCUAGAAGAUGCCAGCCUACCUCCAGUCAAAAUUCCACUGAAGGACUCCACAUCCAUGUCCACAACAGACAAAACAACCCAAGAGCCUACACCAUCAGGCUCCCCCAAACUCCACAUCGAAGUCAACCCCUCGCAACGACAACAACAGCAGCAGCAACAAACCCCCAACCACGGAAACGACCUUGACGACAACCAUCACCACGACAACAGUAACAACUCCGCCACCUCCCACCGAGAAGCCAUAGUAAAACGUCCCCGCCUAUCUCAAUCAACAGAUAAACCCCCAACCACUGGACGCAGACCCGGCCGACCCUCGCGCAAAUCAUUCAGCCAAACCGCUAAACCAGACAUUCCCACCAACAUCGCGAACAAUGAAAGCCCAAACCCCAUCGCACUGACCGAGCAAAACGGCAACACGCACAAAGACACCCAAUUCACCGAUUCCAGUCCCAGCGAUACCCGCACUACAAAAGAGAACCGACCCGCUCACUCGCGAAGCCUGCGCAGUAGGUCUCGGCCCCCGUCACGGCGCCAAUCCGCCGCAGCUAAUGCCGACACACGUCCUUCGGAGCCAGAGCAAACACAGAAUGGGUUUCAGAACGGGGACGACGUACCAGACCAGACUGAACAGCGACAACAACAGCAACAGCCAACGCCCCCACUACACACGGGCAAAGAAAACUCGCAUGGCGGCGCAAACGGAGUGCACAAGCCCGAUAUACGAGAGAAACGCAAAGCACAGUCCGCAGCGCGAGAUAUCAUGGUACGAUUAGCUAUGCAGCGCGAGGAAGCAAUGGAGACUGAGGAUUCGCGGUGA